CUGAUUAGGCUUCCAAAUCAAAUCCAACACCGCCCUAAACUUUUUUAUUGAUUAGGGAGAUCUCGAGUCUCUCUCUCUCUGUGCGAUUUGUAUUCUCUCGAGUCUCGCUCGAAUCAUGGAUAGCUCAAAACCUUUUGAUUCAAUUCCAGAUGAUCUCCUCAUCAAGAUACUGUCGAAAUUGCCAGCAAAAUCAAUAGCUAGGUGUCGUUGCGUGUCGAAGGGAUGGAAGUCCUCGGCUCUAAUGAGAUCUGGAUUCCACCGUGACGAUUUCACCAACUUGUAUCAAACAAGGUCCAAAGCUCGUCGACGACUCUUAAUUGGGGUUAAACAACCACAACACGGUGAGUGGAGCUUUUACUCAACUCCUCAGCCUCAGAAUCCAUGUAAGAAAUCUUCUCUUGUAGUAUCUGCCGCUGAUUUUCAUAUCAAGUUCUCUAGAGGAACAAGCGGAUACGAAUGCAGCUAUGCCUCUGGAUUGAUCUACUUCCAUAAGAUGUGUAUUCCAAGAGAAGAUGAAGAUCUAAAGCAUGUGAUAUGUAACCCUCUUACAGGACAGUAUGUGAUCUUACCUGAACUCAGAGGUGUUUCGCAUAGCUAUUCGUAUAGCUAUUUAGGGUUUGAUCCGGUUGAAAAGGAAUUCAAGGUAUUGUUCAUGACUACUCGUGAUUAUAUAGCUUCCAGUGGUACAGAUCAUUAUAUUCUGACACUAGGAACUGGGGAAUUGAGAUGGAGGAGGAUCCGAUGUCCAUUUACACAUGAGCCUUUUUGGGAAAGGAUAUGCAUCGAUGGUGUUUUGUAUUACUCAGCUCAUGUUAAUUAUGAUGGAAGAAGGUCUAAUGUGAUAGUUUGCUUUGAUGUUAGUUCUGAGACAUUCAAGCUCCUUGACCCGAAUUGCCGUUUUGAUAAUUUGAUAAACUACAAGGGGAAACUAUGUGGGAUUGAUUUGGAGUAUGGUUAUGAUGGUGGAUUUCCCGUUAAGUUGAGGAUGAGGGUUCUAGAGAAGCGGGAAUGGUCCAGCUAUGUCUACUCUUUGUCGGCUGAUCAGAGUGAAGUUGUUAAGGUCAAAGAGAAUCUGUCCGUUGUUGGGGUGACUGCUUCUGGUGAAAUUGUUUUGUCCACGGAUUCUGCCUCUAAUCCUUUUUAUGUUUUCUACUUCAAUCCGGAAAGGAACACUCUCCAAGUUGUUGAAAUGCAAGGUGUUGGAGAUAGCUGUGAUUGGAGAUACGCCUUUGUAGAAGACUAUGUAGAGGAUACUAGUGUUACUGAUGCAAUGCAACUGAAGUCAGCCCUUUUACAACUAGGCCGAAGCAUUGUUCCCGAGAGGCCAAAACCACAACAACGCCGAGAGGAGCAUACUAUUGUUCCCGAGAGGCCAGAACCACAACGACGUUUGUAUGCUAAACCACAACGCCGAGAUACGUCUCUUGACGAGGAGCAAAAUAUUGUUGCCGAGAGGCCAGAACCACAACGACGUAGGGAUACGUCUCCUGACCUCUCCAAGUCUCCCCAAUCUGUUAAGAACAAGGAGCAGAACGGGUGCGGAUCAUCAUCAGCUAACCUGCUCUUUCGCUCUGUUAGCUUAGCUAUUUUAUGUUUUGGUACACUUAGCUAUGUUUUUUUUGUCCAAAACAAAAAAAAAUAGUGUAGCUCUGUCAUUCGACUGGCUUCUUCUUAGCUAAAAAGCCUAAAACUGUCAUUGUUCCCUGUGUCUCCUCUUUGGCUCUAAUUUUGUCUGAUCCGAAAACUUUUAAACAAUGAAACAGAGACAAGAUUCAUGGAGUUCA